ACCCUCCGCUGUUCAACCUGCUCCUGCGACAUCGCCUUCUCCUCCCAAAUCGUAAGCAAAGGCUUCACAGGCCGCUACGGCCGCGCCUACCUCAUCGCGCCGACCGGAAGCCUCGCCAAUGUCCGCAUAGGAAAAUGCGAAAACCGCCAGCUCGUUACCGGGUGGCACGUCGUCGCGGAUAUCACCUGCGUCCUCUGCAACGCGAAACUCGGAUGGAAAUACGUCGACGCCAAGGAGCUCAGCCAAAAGUACAAGGUUGGCAAGUUUAUCCUCGAAGUCGAACGCGUGGUGCCCUUUCGCAGUUGGGAG